AUUACAAAAACAUGUUCAAAUAUUGUACGUGUGAUUAAUGCGACAACCGCAGCUGCAUACAUGAUUUAAAAUAGGACCUGAACCACCGAAGUCACAUGAUACUCGCGUGAGUCGUACAACAUAGGUAAAACAUGCAUAAUAUAUGCACACCUUCGGGCAGCAAUUUUAGUUUGAUAAUAGAUUGCUAUUUGCCGCCUGUUCGUUUUCCCUUUCACGCUCGACAAGUCCGUGUCUUCCUCGUUGCACCGUCAGAGCCCUCUUCGUUCGUUACUUUAUAUUGAACUAUCGCCAUUGUUCCUCUCACAGGGGCUUAUGUGUUCAUGUGUCUUUUUGUCUUUCCGUGGAUCUAUCGUGACCAUUAUCAGUAUACGUUGAUCAGUGAUUUUUUUUUGUUAGCGUUCUUUAGGAUGUAGUCAGACCUAGCGCGACGUUGAGUAAUGACAAAUAAUAUGACAAUCGCAUUGGGUGGAAAAACUGUCUAUUAGACUCUGUUCCUUUCAAAUUAAAGGAACAUGUGCUAUCUCUAAGGUGGCUUUUAAUGUGAUUCAUAUGAAAGUAUUGCGCGUAAAAUGGCAAAAGACGAAGGAGAUGACCUCUUGCCGGAUAAGGACGCAGCGAAGGGAUUUUAUGCGAAAUAUGAACCCAAAGAAAUCCUUGGAAGAGGAAUAUCUUCCACUGUUAGAAGAUGUAUAGAAAAAGAAACAGGUAUAGAAUAUGCAGCUAAAAUCAUAGAUAUUAGUAAUGAAACUAAUGAGGAUGGACAUACUAUGAAAGAUGCUACAUUACAAGAAGUACAUAUUUUACGUAGGGUAGCUGGUCAUCCUUAUAUUAUUGAACUACAUGAUGUCUUUGAGUCCAGUACAUUCAUAUUUUUAAUAUUUGAAAUUUGUAAGAAUGGAGAAUUGUUUGACUACCUCACAUCUGUUGUUACUCUUUCUGAGAAAAAGACAAGAUAUAUCAUGAGACAAGUUUUUGAGGGAGUUCAACAUGUACAUAAUCAAGGAAUAGUGCAUAGAGAUUUGAAACCAGAGAAUAUAUUACUUGAUGAUAAUUUAAAUGUAAAAAUAACUGACUUUGGGUUUGCUAGAAUGUUGAAAACAGGAGAUAAAUUAUAUGAUCUUUGUGGUACUCCUGGGUAUUUGGCACCAGAAGUACUUAAAUGCAAUAUGUUUGAAAAUGCAGAAGGCUAUGGUCACGAAGUUGAUGUAUGGGCCUGUGGAGUAAUUAUGUUUACAUUAUUAGUUGGUUGUCCUCCUUUUUGGCACAGAAAACAGAUGGUCAUGCUUAGGAAUAUUAUGGAGGGAAAAUACUCAUUUACGUCACCAGAGUGGGCAGACAUAACAGAGGCCCCUAAAGAUCUGAUAAGAAAGCUACUAGUUGUUGACCCCAAGAAAAGGAUUAGUAUUAAAGAUGCUCUGGAGCAUUCGUUUUUCCAUACUGUGGAAUUGAAAGCAAAAUCGUUUAACGCAAGAAAACGAUUCCAAUUAGCAAUCAUUUGUGUUCGCGCAGCAGUACGUAUUAAACGACUUCAUAUAACACCUGAGCCACUUUCAACUCAAGUGGCAUCUACUGAUCCUUACCGGAUAAAAAUUUUACGGAAGGUCAUUGAUGGUUGUGCGUUCAGAGUUUAUGGUCAUUGGGUGAAGAAAGGCGAAGGACAAAAUCGAGCUGCUCUAUUUGAAAACACGCCAAAGACGGAACUCAAGCAUCUUUAUGUUAGUAAUUUGAGCAGAUAACCAAUGCUUUUCUAAAGCAUUAUCUAGCUAAAUUGUUAAUUCUUAUAUUAGUUACAUUUACAGUAUCUAAGAAAAAUAUCCAGUACGAAAAGAUGAAAAAAUAAUUUAUAAAAAAAGAGUGAAACGUAUAUAGUACUCUUUUUGGGUUUGAUUAUUACAUGAAUAAUUGUUUAAACUUUUUUUUUCUAGCAAUUAUAAAGUAUUCUUACAUUUUUUGUCAUCGGAUUUUUGCGAUAUCACGUGGUGAAUCUUGAAAUAUAUUCAUUGUUUUAUACGUUGUUGAAGACAAGCAUUGAUUAGAUCAUUUAGUUUAUAAAUUUGUUGUCAAGUUUAGGGGGUUUUAACGUAGUCUAAUUUAUUGUUUUGAAACAUAGUGAUGCUCAAUAAACGUAAGUUACAUCCACUAUUAAAAAAAAGUUCUAAACUGUGAACAAAUUAUUUUUUUUUUUUGUUUUAUUUUUAUUAAUAUGCUAUAAAUCAUUAGCAUCGCACCCUUGGAGUGUACUUUGUGUCUAGAUAAAGUAUUAUAUCAAAACAUUUCGUAAAACUAUUUAAAAUUCGUAAUGUGUUUCUUUACAGUAUUUUGCGCUCUUUUCAUAGCACAAUAUAAGAAAUAACUUAUUUUCAGAAUAAUUUAAUAAGUUUAACAACUUUUGCAUGUGCUAAAUAAGAAAAUAAGACUUACAACAAGUAUAUACGAAAUAUAGAUGCUGGUGCUCCUCGUACGUACAAACAUAACGCGCUAUGACCUAAAUGUAGGAAAUUUUUCGGUUCCAUGACUUUUAUGUUUGUACGUUUGUAUAAAAUAUUCUCACUAGUGUAAAUAAAAGUCAUAUAAUUUAUUACAAAUCAGCAACACAUAAGAAGUUUGUACUAAUCUUUAUUACGAUAUAUUCUUGAUAUUUUGCCACCUCCGAUUAACAUUAUUAGUACAAAGCUGAAAUUAAAUAAUCAAUAAUAUGUGUAAUGAGAAAAGGUCUAGUGCAGUCCAGAAAUCAUAUAAUUUUUACGAAAUUUAUCAAGAAUAUAUGUAUAGUACAAAAUUUUAAAAACUAUAGAAAAAUUCAACGUAUUAAGUACGUGUAAUUAUAAAUUUAUUAAAAUUUGUAUUGUUGAAAUAAUGUAUUUCAUAGUAAUAUUGUUUACUAAGUUCUGUAUGUAGAUUGUAGUAUACGUUUUAUGCAAAUUCUAGUCAUAUUUUGUACUGCUGAAUUUGUUUUAGAUUAUAAAAUAUGAAAAAAAGCAAAUGUACGAAGUUUAUUUUUCUUAAAAUAAUAAAAUAAUUGUUACAUGCUUUCGAACAAUUUGAAACAACUUAAAAUAAAUCAAACAUAACGCAGUGUUUAAACGGUCUUAGAAAGUAAUUAACACAUGUAAAUGUUUUAAUCAAUCCCUUUAUAAACAGUAUACAGAUUUUGUGCACACAUACACGUAUACAUACAUAAAAUAUUUUUGUCAUUUCGCUGUAGAAAAAUUAUAUUUACUUUUUACAAUAAAGCUAAAUUUUAUUGUCA